AUGAUCACCAUUUUCACUUAUAGGAGCAGGAACCAAGGUCCCAUCGGCCCUGGCAAGUAUGGCUAUGGCAAGGCCCCGUACAUCUUACCACUGCAGACGGACACCAUGCACACGCCACAGAGGCUGCGAAGACAGAGGCCCCCAUCCCGGCCAUCCAGGUCAUCCCAGGGCGCAUCUGCUACCAGACAUGGCUACCACCUGCCUGCCCACCAGCUGUCUGCCCAUGGGCCUCUGUACCAAAGUGAAAAUGGCCCUCAUUCUGGACUGCAGACCUCAGAGGCCUCCAUCUACCAGCUGCCUUUGACCAAUGACCAAGGCUUCCCUGCAGCUUCAAGUCUCUUCCACAGCCCAGAAACAGGCAACAGCCAUGGCGUGGGGGCCCACAGGGCAGAUCCGAGCUUCCCACAACCCCUGAGAUCUGCAGCUAUCUCGUGCAUUGGGGCCUAUCGGCAGUACAAGCUGUGCAACACCAACGUGAGUACACACCAGCCCAGGCCGGGCCUACAGACAGCUGUCCUGUCUCCUGUCUGUCUGCUGGCCCUGAGCGGUAGAAUAUGGAGCAGGAACCAAGGUCCCAUCGGCCCUGGCAAGUAUGGCUAUGGCAAGGCCCCGUACAUCUUACCACUGCAGACGGACACCAUGCACACGCCACAGAGGCUGCGAAGACAGAGGCCCCCAUCCCGGCCAUCCAGGUCAUCCCAGGGCGCAUCUGCUACCAGACAUGGCUACCACCUGCCUGCCCACCAGCUGUCUGCCCAUGGGCCUCUGUACCAAAGUGAAAAUGGCCCUCAUUCUGGACUGCAGACCUCAGAGGCCUCCAUCUACCAGCUGCCUUUGACCAAUGACCAAGGCUUCCCUGCAGCUUCAAGUCUCUUCCACAGCCCAGAAACAGGCAACAGCCAUGGCGUGGGGGCCCACAGGGCAGAUCCGAGCUUCCCACAACCCCUGAGAUCUGCAGCUAUCUCGUGCAUUGGGGCCUAUCGGCAGUACAAGCUGUGCAACACCAACGCAUGUCCAGAAAGCAGUAGAAGUAUCCGAGAGGUACAGUGUGCCUCCUACAACAACAAGCCAUUCAUGGGCCGGUUUUAUGAAUGGGAACCAUUUGCAGAAGGUGCAGGGAUUGGAAACUUUUUCUGCACAUGUGAUUGACAGGUCGUACCCACUUGUCCAGAUGACUGGCCACUCCCUCAUCUCCUGUCACAACCAGACGGCCUGUAGGAAUACACAUCCUAGAUCACCCGUCUUGAAGACACCGUAAAAAA